AUGAAGCAACUCGCUUGGAUCACAGCGCUCUUCGCGAAUGUGGCCGUGGGCCUGACACCUGCGGAAUGGCGUACCCAGUCCAUCUACUUUUUGUUGACUGAUCGCUUUGGUCGGACGGACAGCUCGACCACUGCAGCAUGCGAUGUUGCAGACCGGAUAUAUUGUGGAGGCAGCUGGCAAGGCAUCAUCAAUCAACUGGAUUAUAUCCAAGGCAUGGGCUUCACAGCCAUUUGGAUCACACCAGUGACCGAGCAGCUGUCCGCAGAUACCGGAGAUGGCGAAGCAUACCAUGGAUACUGGCAGCAGAAAAUAUACGAUGUCAACACAAACUAUGGCUCAGCUGAUGAUCUGUUGGCGUUGUCGACCGCUCUGCACGAUCGAGGAAUGUAUCUGAUGGUGGAUGUCGUGGCGAAUCAUAUGGGCUAUGCUGGAGCAGGCACAUCAGUAGACUACAGUGUCUUUGAUCCAUUCGACUCGUCAUCCUACUUUCAUUCCUAUUGCCUCAUCAGCAACUAUGAUAACCAAACCAACGUGGAAGAUUGCUGGCUGGGAGAUACCACUGUCUCUUUGCCAGAUCUCAACACAGACCUGACAUCGGUACAGACAAUCUGGUAUGACUGGGUCGCAGAUUUAGUCUCCAAUUACUCCAUUGACGGGCUGCGAAUUGACACUGUUAAACAUGUUCAAGAAUCAUUCUGGCCUGACUACAAUGAUGCUGCAGGCGUCUACUGUGUCGGUGAAGUCUUUGAUGGGGACCCAGCCUACACUUGUCCAUACCAGAACUACUUGGAUGGUGUGCUGAAUUACCCAGUCUACUACCAACUUCUCUAUGCAUUCGAGGACUCAAGUGGUAGCAUAAGUGAUUUAUACAACAUGAUCAAUUCAGUUGCCUCAGACUGCGCCGAUCCCACUCUUCUGGGGAAUUUUAUCGAAAACCAUGAUAACCCUCGAUUUGCCUACUACACUGAUGAUUACUCACAGGCUAAAAAUGUGAUCUCCUUCGUCUUCCUGUCAGAUGGCAUCCCAAUCAUCUAUGCAGGACAAGAGCAACACUACGACGGGGGCAGCGAUCCUGACAAUCGUGAAGCCACUUGGUUAUCUGGAUACUCUACUACUGCAGAGCUGUACGAAUACAUUGCCGCGACAAACAAAAUCCGGACUCUCGCGAUAUCUGCAGAUUCUUCCUAUAUCACUACACUAAAUGCCCCAUUCUACCAAGAUAGCAACACUAUAGCCAUGAAAAAAGGAUCGAGUAGCUCGCCAGUCAUCACUGUACUCUCAAAUUAUGGUGCGAGCGGGAGCUCAUACACCCUUUCCCUCAGUGGGAGUGGAUAUUCGUCGGGCACCGUGCUAAUGGAGAUGUACACUUGCACUUCCGUGACAGUCGACUCCAGUGGAAACAUUGCUGUUCCAAUGGCAUCUGGUCUACCCCGUGUCCUCAUGCUGUCCUCUUCUGUAUCUGGCAGUGGGCUCUGUGGAACUUCCACCUCCACUUCCACCACAGGCACUGAAACUACGACCAAAGCCUCCACAACGACCACGAGUACAACUGCAAAGUUGACCACCAGUACGACCACAACUUCCAAGACAUCCACUAGUACAUGUUCUCAAGCCACUGCUUUACCAGUGCGCUUUGAGGAAGUUGUCACCACCACUUGGGGCGAGAACAUUUAUAUCUCAGGCUCCAUCAGCGCACUCGGAGACUGGGAUACAGAUGAUGCUAUCGCUUUAUCAGCCGCUGAUUACACAUCUUCCAAUCCAGUGUGGUAUGUCGUUGUCACCCUUCCAGUGGGAACAGCCUUCGAGUACAAGUUCCUCGAGAAGACGGAUGGAUCGUCAGUUAUUGGAUGGGAGAGUGACCCAAACCGGUCCUACACAGUUCCAACGGGCUGCGCAGGUGCAACCGCGACUGUCACGGCGACUUGGAGAUAG